AAGUGAAUUCUGCACGUUUUUAGUUGAUAAUUUGACAGGGAUGUGUUUGGAAGAUUCCUAGAUGCAUUCAUGGAGAACGUUAUUGGAGCUAGACUGGCUUAUGUUGCUCUGAAAAACAUGUUGAGCCUAUGAGUACAACUUAAUCGCUUGCGGGAAGGUCUCCGGAGGUCAAUCUUUCUUGGAUGUUUUCACGUGAAAACAUGGAAAACCAUCAAACUGUGAUGGUAUCCUGAAACGGUUUAGUGUAUUGGGAUCUCAUCCAUAAACUGAAGCUUCAUAAUCUCAUUGGACACUUGUAUCAUCUAGCGUGAUGCAUGGGUUCCCGUGCUCAGUGCUACAGUACUGUUUCGGUGGUCCUCCAGAUGUUUCUGCUGAUUCUGCUCCAUACCUGGACCCUGAAAUCUCCAAAACUGGACCAGAUACUGCCAUGGGCCUGGCUGUUCUCACUCAGCCUGGUCCAAUAAUCCCUGUGCGGACUGACAGCCAGCCUUCAUUUAGCUGCGUCUCCGUCCAGAUGAAGACUAAUGGGACUGACUCCAAAACCAAAAAACUGGACACAGAGAACCAGGACACACUUCAUUCGUAUCCAACCUCAGAAGGGCUCUCAGAAGAAGACGAUGCCCAGGAUAAGAGCCCUGUUGUGGACACAAAACGGCCACAUAUUCCUCGUCCAUCUAUCAUCAGGCCACAAAAGGAACACCAAAUCCAGGACAGCCUGCCAGUCAGAACAGAUUAUGUUGAGCCAGAGGAUGGACCGUUAUCAGGUACAGAAAACACACAUACACACACUCCAAGGACAGCGAAGGAUGGACAGUUAUCAGAAAAACCACACAGGUUACCUCUGCUCCUUUUCCUCUCAGAGUUGGAGAUUUGGAGAGGAAAUCUAUUCAAGUACACAGUGGAAAAAGCAGUUCUGCUGCCUUUGUGGAAAAUUUAA